AUGGGUCUUACACCACAGAGAGAUGCUUACAGAUGUUCUCCUCUCAGGCAGAUCAAUAUCCCGCUCCCAUCCCAUCCUGCUUCCUGCAACUCUUUGUCCACUGUAGGGAAACCGUUGGAUGACAUAUGCAGCACUGUCCCAGUGAAAGUGGAGCCUGAGAGGCAUCCUGUGUAUCAUGACGAUGCCAUGUCUGAGUCCAUACAAGCUGUGCAGGGGCAGUACAGAGAUACUCUGCAUCCUAUUGUGAGGGAGGGCUUGAUUUUACAUCCCAGACUGCAGCAACCAGAACCUUCUUCACAAGGGCUUAUAAGAGCAACUGAGAGCACAUCUGAGUCACACUCACACAACCAAGAGCAUAUUCUUAAUAAGAACAGAUUGAAAACAAAGAGGAUGGUAAAUGUUUGGAGAGCUGUAGCAAACCAAAAAGUGCUAAUCUGCUCAUUGUGUGGAAAGAGCUUCCACCGCCAGUGUCAACUUGAAGUUCACCAGCACAUUCAUGUUGGAGUCAAACCAUACAGAUGUCUUGAGUGUGGGAAAGGUUUUACUAAAAAAAAAGACUCAAGUCACAUCAGUGUUCACACGGGUGAGCGACCUUUCAGUUGCAGACUCUGUGGCAAGAUGUUUGCAAGGCAGGACCACUGCCAAAGACAUGAGUGAUUUCACAGUGGAAUAAAUGCAAUUUAGUUGUGUGCAGUGUGGUAAAAGUUUCACAAUUCUCAGUAACCUCAAAAUAUAUUUUUUUAAAUCAAUGUACAUUUGCAAAUGUAAGAUUAUGCUUUUCAGUGUUUUCUUCAGCAUUGUACAGUUAAUGAACUGUUCAUGUUGAUUGUUGAGCCGUUCAACUGUACUGAGAUUAGCAGGUUUAGGUUUCCAAUAUGUCAUUGGUUUCUACAUUAUGAAUCAAGUAUUGAAUCAAGUAUUUCUACAUUAUGAAUUGCUUUGCGCAUGAUCUCCUGUAGUUACGGUUCAUUUCCGUAGCAUGUUCUAUCAUGUCACUUUUGUAGCAUGAUCGUAGCAGCAGUUCGAGUUCGUGCAUUUUGCGAUUAAAAAUAAAAGUUUACAUUUGAUGAUUGCAUCGUAAAACAUCUUUAACAUUUCUACAAAGACUUUGCAGUGUAAGUGCAAUGCAACGAAAUGUGAAACUGUACUUUUUGUCAGUCACUGUCAGUGAACUGCUUUAUUUGUUUACGGCUAGUUGAAUUUUUGCCACACAGUUCGACUGCCAGCUAAAUUGACUAUAGUCCAAUAUUGGACUAAAGGAGCCUAACGUUACUCCUUAUUCCAAGGACCUUACAUGUUCUGUUUAAAGGGCGAAUUGGCUCUGGAAGCCAAAACAGCCAAAUGCUCCAUCUAAACGUGAAUCGAUUCUCAAUUACGGUACGGUUCUAUACUGAACAAAAAUGUAAACACAACAUGUAAAGUGUUGGUCCCAUGUUUCAUGAGCUGAUAUAAAAUAUCCCACAAAUGUUCCAUAUGCACAAAAAGCUUAUUUCUCAAAAAAAUGUUGCACACAUUUGUUUACAUCCAUGUUAGUGAGCAUUUCUCAUUUGCCAAGAUAAUCCAUCCACCUGACAGGUGUGGCAUAUCAAGAAGCUGAUUAAACAGCAUGAUCAUUACACAGGUGCACCUUGUGCUGGGGACAAUAAACGGACACUCUAAAAUGUGGUGUUUUGUCACAUAACACAAUGCAACAGAUGUCUCAAGUUUUGAGGGAGUGUGCAAUUGGCAUGCUGACUGCAGGAAUGUCCACCAGAGCUGUUGCCAGAGAAUGUAAUGUUAAUUUCUCUACCAUAAUGUCGUUUUAGAGAAUUUGGCAGUACGUCCAACCGGCCUCACAAACACAGACCACAUGUAACCACUCCAGCCCAGGACCUCCACAUCCGGCUUCUUCACCAGCUGAUAAAACUGUGGGUUUGCACAACCAAAACAUUUCUGCACAAACUGUCAGAAACCGUCUCAGAGAAGCUCAUCUGCAUGCUCCUCGUCCUCACCAGGGUCUUGAGCUGACUGCAGUUCGGCGUAGUAACCGACUUCAGCGGACAAAUGCUCACCUUCGAUGGCCACUGAGCAUGCUGGAGAUGUGUGCUCUACCCGGAUAAAUCCCGGUUUCAACUGUACCGGGCAGAUGGCAGACAUAUGGCGUUGUUUGGGCGAGCGGUUUGCUGAUGUCAAUGUUGUGAACAGAGUGCCCCAUGGUGGCGAUUGGGUUAUGGUAUGGGCAGGCAUAAGCUAUGGACAACGAACACAAUUGCAUUUUUAUCAAUGGCAAUUGAAUGCACAGAGAUACCGUGACGAGAUCCUGAGGCCCAUUGUCGUGCAUUCAUCCGCCGCCAUCACCUCAUGUUUCAGCAUGAAAAUGCACUGCCCCAUGUUGCAAGGAUCUGUACACAAUUCCUGGAAGCUGAAUAUGUCCCAGUUUCUCCAUGGCCUGCAUACACACAAGACAUGUCACCCAUUGAGCAUGUUUGGAAUGCUCUGGGUCGACGUGCACGACAGCAUAUUCCAGUUCCCGCCAAUACCCAGCAACUUCGCACAGCCAUUGAAGAGGAUUCUACAGGCCACAAUCAACAGCCUGAUCAACUCUAUGCGAAGGAGAUGUGUCACGCUGCAUGAGGCAAAUGGUGGUCUCACCAGAUACUGACUGGUUUUCAGAUCCACGCCCCUAUUUUUCUAAAAAGGUAUCUGUGACCAUCAGAUGCAUAUCUGUAUUCCCAGUCAAGUGAUAUCUAUAGAUUAGGGCCUGAUGAAUUUAUUUCAAUUCACUAAUUUCCUUAUAUGAACUUUAACUCAGUAAAAUCAUAGAAAUUGUUGCAUGUUGCGUUUAUAUUUUUGUUCAGUGUAGAAACAUAAAUCCCUUUACUUUCAUAUCACAUCAAAAUAAUUUCACAAAUGCAAAAUAUUAAUUUACUGUACACUGUUUUAACUGGUUUUAACGCCAUUGCAGUCGACACACACAGGUAUUCGGAGACGCAGAUAGCUAAUUAGCACAGGUAGUCCACUCUGUCUUCUGUCUGUUUUUCAUAAACAAGUGCUGUAACAUGGAAAUAUGGCCGUGUGGGAACCCUAUAAAGUUGUGUAUCCAUUUUUGUAUUUAUUAUUUCUAGCCAAUAUGAAAGAUAAGGUCCUUAUGCAUCCAAAACAUUGCUGCAAGCGAUGCGUGUUAAUGUUCAGACUGAGCGUUGCGGCUCUUAACAUAACUCCCCCCUGCAGAAGACGCCUUUUUUAUUUUAUUUUAUUUAUUUCACCUUUAUUUAACCAGGUAAGCCAUUUGAGAACAAGUUCUCAUUUACAACUGCGACCUGGCCAAGAUAAAGCAAAGCAGUGCGAUAAAAACAACAACAACACAGAGUUACAUAUGGGGUAAAACAAAACAUACAGUCAAUAACACAAUAGAAAAUCUAUAUACUGUGUGUGCAAAUGUAGUAAGUUAUGGAGGUAAGGCAAUAAAUAGGCCAUAGUGCAAAAUAAUUACAAUUUAGUAUUAACACUGGAGUGAUAGAUGUGAAGAAGAUGAUGUGCAAAUAGAGAUACUGGGGUGCAAAUGAGCAAAAUAAAUAACAAUAUGGGGAUGAGGUAGUUGGGUGGGCUAAUUACAGAUGGGCUGUGUACAGGUGCAGUGAACGGUAAGCUGCUCUGACAACUGAUGCAUAAAGUUAGUGAGGGAGAUAAGAGUCUCCAGCUUCAGAGAUUUUUGCAGUUCGUUCCAGUCUUCAUCCAAUGACUUCCCGGCUGAGCCAUUGUUGCUCCUAGCCUUCAUCCAAUGACUCUUAUGUGUAAUGGAAUGGAACUGAGAGUCAUGAUCAAGGGCUAGGCUGACUAUGUGCAGAGCCUUUUGUAACAUAAGCAGUGGUGUGUAUUCAUGGAUGCCAAGAGAAGCCAGGCUUCCCCCCCAAAAUUGACCAAGUAAAAAAGUCAUUUAUAUUUUGUCUCUGUGUUUUCAUAAUUUUCCUUCAAUUCGCAAGAGGCUGAACGUACACCAAAUGACCAAAAGUAUGCGGACACUAGAUAAUAAUAAUAAUAACUAGAUGUUGGAACAUUGAUGCGGGGACUUGCUUCCAUUCAGCCACAAGAGCAUUAGUGAGGUCGGGCACUGAUGUUGGCCGAGUAGGCCUGGCUCGCAGUCGGCGUUCCAAUUCAUUCCAAAGGGGUUCGAUGGGGUUGAGGUCAGGGCUUUGUGCAGGCCAGUCAAGUUCUUCCACACCGAUCUCGACAAACCAUUUCUGUAUGGACCUCUCUUUGUGCACGGGGGCAUUGUCAUGCUGACACAGAAAAGGGCCUUCCCCAAACUGUUGCCACAAAGUUGGAAGCACAGAAUUAUCUAGAAUGUCAUUGUAUGCUGUAGCGUUAAGAUUUCCCUUCACUCGGUAGUGAGUGUUGCAACCGAGGACAGACGAAUUUUAUGCGCUACGCACUUCAGCGGUCCUGUUCUUGUGUGGCCUAUGACUUCCCGGCUGAGCCAUUGUUGCUCCUAGACGUUUCCACUUCACAAUAACAGCACUUACAGUUGACUGGGGCAGCUCUAGCAGGGCAGAAAUUGUACGAACUGACUUGUUGAAAAGGUGGCAUCCUAUGAUGGUGCCACAUUGAAAGUCACAGAGCUCUUCAGUAAGGCUAUUCUACUGCCAAUGUUUGUCUAUAGAGAUUGCAUGGCUGUGUGCUCGGUUUUAUACACCUGUCAGCAACGGGUGUGGCUGAAAUAGACGAAUCCACAUACUUUUGUGUAUAUUACCCAUGUCCUUGUUCAGCCAUGACUCAGACAAGUAUAGUAUAUUACAGUUCUUAAUGUCCCGUUGAUAAGAAAGUCUUGAAGCUCUUCCAGUUUAUUCUCCAGCGAUUGCACAUUCGCCAAUAGAACAGAGGGUAGAGGCGAUUUAUUCAUUCGCCGCCAUAGUCUCAUCAGGGUGCCCGCGCGCCGGCCUCUAUAGCACUGUCUUCGCCUGCUUCAAGUGUUGGGGAUUAGGGCCUGGUCCGGGAUAAACAAUAUGUAUUUCGCCUCCAACUCAUUGAAGUAGAAGUUCUCAUCCAUAUUGAGGUUAGUGAUAGCUGUUCUGAUGUCCAGAAGCUCUUUUCGGUCAUAGAAAAUGAUGAAGGAAACAUUAUGUUCAAAAUAAGUUAAGAUCAACGCAGAAAAAUACACAAAAUAGCACAAUUGGUCAGGAGCCUGUAAAACGGCCACCAUUCCUUCCGGGGCCAUUCUUCCAUCUUCAUACUGUAUGCACAUACUGUAGGUUAACUUGAGUGUACUAGUCUGGAAUGCAUUAAAAUCAGUUCAUUUCAGUCUUUGGAUUGAAGUCUCUGACUAUUAACUAUUAAUCUGACUAUUAAUUAUACUGCCUGAAAAAAUCAGCCUGGGCCUAUAACCGCCCCACUAAGAUUCAGGGCUACUCAGAAAACGGAUCCUCCCAUACUCCGCUCUCUCUCGCACGCGCUCUAGCUCUCUCUCAAAUUAGUUUUAAUCAAUCUGCAAAGAGUUGUCAAUUUAUACUCAAGUAUGGAAAUCUCAGGUAUCCCAUCACAUGCAUAACCAUGGUAUUGUUAAGGAUGAGCAAGCAAAUGUAAUAACUUCUUAUGAGCAUUGCCUAGUGAUGUUUUGUCAUUAUUUGUAUCAACUCCAUAAACCGAUGCAUUUUCUGUUUUUUAUUCGUUUUUGUGAAUAAACUUCUUCUGCAGAGAACUAAUUGUCUUAUUUUUGUUUUCAGACUGAUUUCACAGAAAUAGCUCCAUAUAUGGGCAUUUAUUAGAAAGUUUACGGUUACCCUUUCUGUCGUCAUUUCCGUUAUCCAUCGUUCCGAAAGAGAACAUAUUUUUUCACAAUCCGUGCUGAUUGCCAGCUGUACAGUUGUUGAAACAAUUCUGCUAUAAAUAUUUCACAGAGGCACUUGCAUUGCAUAUUCGUUUUUGUGUAACAACGGUCAUUUUAUUUGAAGAACAAUGUCUAACACUGUUUCUUUCAGUACACAAAUAGCUGCAAUCAUGGAUGUGCUAGCAAAGGCAGCUGUUGCAGAAAUAACCAAACUUGUAGACGAGGGCACUGUCGUGCUACGGCUUGAAAUGUGUCGGAAAGAAAAUGAGAUAGAAGGCCUUCAAAAUAGUGUACAGCUGAUGGAAAGAGAAUUGAGGAAAGCUCAAAGGGAAGUAGCAGCACGAGUGGCAAAUUACAGGCAACAUGCUGAGGGAAUUCAGGUUGGAAGUGGGACUCUACAAAAAGGUGAGGCGAGCUGACUUAUUGCUAUCAUGUCAGGUUAUGUUGCACUGUUCAAGGUUUUGUUUGAUUGCUUAUUAUGGGUUCACAGCUGUGAAACAUUGUUAUUCUCUAUUCAUUUUUUCUUGACUUUUUUUAUUUAAAUUUUUUAAAAAAUUGUCAUUUAGCAGACGCUCUUAUCCAGAGCGAUUUACAGUUAGUGAAUGCAUACAUUUUCAUACUGCCCCCCCGUGGGAAACGAACCCACAACCCUGGCGUUGCAAGCGCCAUGCUAUACCAACUGAGCUACAGGGGACUAUUAUCAAAUAACUCAAGCAUAAAUUAACUUUUUUUUCUAAUUUGGCACACAGAAACUAAAAUCCAUGAGUAGCUUGGUCUAAAGAAAUGGCACAGAUUGGCGUGUAGGGGGAUUGGCAUAUAGGGGGCCCUGUUAUAAGUAGUCUCACUUAAACCCACAUCCGUCGCCCCGUUAAACCUAUGAGAUUCCCUUAACACACCACCUUCAUGCAGCUACGACCAGAAGUGACUUUUUCGUAGCUGGUUAGGAGCAUUAACGUAGCAGGUUAGGAUAAUUGGGUUAGGGUUAGCUAAAAUGCUAUCCUAACCUGUACGAAAAAUCACUUCCGGUCAUAGAUGGUGUGUUUUUAGGGAGACACUGAACUUUUUCCUUCCUUGUGCUGAACAAAUUUGCCUCAAGGACCCUGAAGGUCCGUCAGGAUAGAUUUUCAUCCAUUUAUUAUUAUUAUUAUGAUUAAUUUCUCAAAUAACACCAAAUUCGGUAUGUAGGCCCAUGGUACAUCUCUUAACUUAGUUUAAGAAAAGCUAAGGGUUGGUUAAGAGAUGGCUGAGGUAUUGAUAAAACAGGAAAUUCGAUUUUACGUGUUCUUUGUAAAUCCACUCCACAAAGACUUUACCAUGAUGAACCAUGUUAAGUUGGGCUUUGAUACUGUAUGUUAAGUAAGUAAACAUACUUAAAUAAGUAAACUAUUAACAAUUCGCUUUUUUGACUAUGCAACACUAAUGCUUAAUAUAAUCAUAAAAAAUUGACUUCUCAUGGACUAAAAGUCAGAUUCACUCCAAAUGUGGUCUUUGGACUCAACACAAUAACAUCAAAAUAAAAAUCAAAUAAAAAUUAUGUUGCUGCAUUUAAAGACGGCCACACUAUACCAGUAGAUGCAUAUUAGCACAUACGCUAAUAUGCUAAUAUGUAAACAACGGGUUGGCUGGGACUCAUUAAAGUCCCGUAGAUCACUUCAUUUUUUUAUUUCACCUUUAUUUAACCAGGUAAGCCAGUUAAGGACAAGUUCUCAUUUACAACUACGACCUGGCCAAGAUAAAGCAAAGCAGUGCGAUUUAAAAACAACAACAGAGUUACAUAUGGGGUAAAACAAAACAUAAAGUCAAAAAAAUACAACAGAAAAUAUAUUGUGUGCAUAUGUAGCAAGUUAUGGAGGUACGGCAAUAAAUAGGCUAUAGUGCAAAAUAAUUACAAUUAGUAUUAACACUGGAAUGAUAGAUGUGCAAAUAGAGAUACUGGGGUGCAAAUGAGCAAAAUAAAUAACAAUAUAGGGAUGAGGUAGUUGGGUGGGCUAAUUUCAGAUGGGCUGUGUACAGGUGCAGUGAUCGGUAAGGUGCUCAGACAACUGAUGCUUAAAGUUAGUGAGGGAGAUGAGUGUCUCCAGCUUCAGAGAUUUUUGCAAUUCGUUCCAGUCAUUGGCAGCAGAGAACUGGAAGGAAUGGCGGCCAAAGGAGGUGUUGGCUUUGGGGAUGACCAGUGAGAUAUACCUGCUGGAGCGCAUACUACGGGUGGGUGUUGCUAUGGUAACCAAUGAGCUAAGAUAAGGCGGGGAUUUGCCUAGCAGUGAUUUUAUAGAUGGCCUGGAGCCAGUGGGUUUGACGACGAACAUGUAAUGAGGACCAGCCAACAAGAGCGUACAGGUCACAGUGGUGGGUAGUGUAUGGGGCUUUGGAGACAAAACGGAUGGCACUGUGAUAGACUACAUCCAAUUUGCUGAGUAGAGUGUUGGAGGCUAUUUUGUAAACUACAUCGCCAAAGUCAAGGAUCGGUAGGAUAGUCAGUUUUACGAGGGCAUGUUUGGCAGCAUGAGUGAAGGAGGCUUUGUUGCGAAAUAGGAAGCCGAUUCUAGAUUUAACUUUGGAUUGGAGAUGCUUAAUGUGAGUCUGGAAGGAGAGUUUACAGUCUAACCAGACACCUAGGUAUUUGUAGUUGUCCACAUAUUCUAAGUCAGACCCGUCGAGAGUAGUGAUUCUAGUCGGGCGGGCGGGUGCCAGCAGCGUUCGAUUGAAGAGCAUGCAUUUAGUUUUACUAGUGUUUAAGAGCAGUUGGAGGCUACUGAAGGAGUGUUGUAUGGCAUUGAAGCUCGUUUGAAGGUUUGUUAACAGUGUCCAAUGAAGGGCCAGAUGUAUACAAAAUGGUGUCGUCUGCGUAGAGGUGGAUCUGAGAGUCACCAGCAGCAAGAGCGACAUCAUUGAUAUACACGGAGAAAAGAGUCGGCCCAAGAAUUGAACCCUGUGGCACCCCCAUAGAGACUGCCAGAGGUCCAGACAACAGGCCCUCUGAUUUGACACAUUGAACUCUAUCUGAGAAGUAGUUGGUGAACCAGGCGAGGCAGUCAUUUGAGAAACCAAGGCUAUUUAGUCUGCCAAUAAGAAUGCGGUGGUUGACAGAGUCGAAAGCCUUGGCCAGGUCGAUGAAGACUGCUGCACAGUACUGUCUAUUAUCGAUCGCGGUUAUAAUAUCGUUUAGGACCUUGAGCGUGGCUGAAGUGCACCCAUGACCAGCUCGGAAACUGGAUUGCAUAGCGGAGAAGGUACGAUGGGAUUCGAAAUGGUCGGUGAUCUGUUUGUUAACUUGGCUUUCAAAAACUUUCGAAAGGCAGGGCAGGAUGGAUUACUCCCUUUUUGUUUAGAAAGCUCUACUAUACAAGCUUCUGACUUAACUUCAUUGUUAAAGUAUAAAAACAUGAGAUACCAAACCUGUUCACAGGGUUGGUUAACUCUUGAGAUUCCUCGGGUCUCCACCAAACUAGGUAAAUCCGCUUUUAGUUUUAAUGCUCCACAUUUUUGGAAUCACUUGCAAAAUUCAUUACAUUUGGAUUCCCUGGUGCCACUGGGGCAGUUUAAAACCCUGAUGAUAAAUGAGUUCACCGAGGUGUGCAAUAGUUUUGAUUGACUUUAAUAAUGUGUUGGUGAUGUUUGAUGUUCUAAUGUAAUGUUUUUGUUAUUCUAUCUUGUGUCUUGUAGUUUUAUAUUUUAUUUUAUGUCCUCAGGGCACCAUUUGAAAAUGAGACCCUGGUCUCAGUUGGGCUCCCCUGAUUAAAUAAAUAAAUGCAAAAAAGUAUUCAAAUAUUUUUCUCGUGAACCAUAGGACCAAAUGACACCAAAUGUAGAAUAUAGGCCCAUGGUACAUGUCUUAACAUUGUCUUAGUUUGAGAAAAGCUAAGGGAUUGGUCAAAAGAUGGCUGAGUUAUUGACAAAUCAAUAAUCCGAUUUUACAUGUCCAUUAAUAAAACCACUGUAAAUCCACUCCACAGUGGCCUAUAAACUUAACUUUUCAUCCCUAUCAUGGACGUCCCUAAGAUGAACCACACUGAAUUUGGUAUUGAUAUCUCAAAAAACAAGGAAACUAUUAACUCAUUCUUUGCAUAUGACUCCCGAGUGGCGCAGUGGUCUAAGGCACUGCAUCGCAGUGCUAGCUGUGCCACUAGAGAUCCUGGUUCGAGUCCAGGCUCUGUCGCAGCCGGCCGCAACCGGGAGACCCAUGGGCGGCGCACAAUCGGUCCAGCGUCGUCCAAGGUAGGGGAGGGUUUGGCCGGCAGGGAUGUGGGUUUGUUUCCCACUGGGGGCCAGUAUGAAAAAAAAUAAAACUUAUGCAUUCACUAACUGUAAGUCGCUCUGGAUAAGAGCAUCUGCUAAAUGACUCAAAUGUAAAUAUGUAACGCUAACGCUCAAAUUCAUCUGCAAUAAUCUUCUCAUGAAUCAUAUGUCAGAUGAACUCCAGAUUUUGUUUUUAGAGUCAUUGAAUUAACCGCUAAUGAAUUUGAGAAUGAUUAGUUGCUGCAUUUAAAGUUGACAACACUACACCACUACCAGGCACCAUAUCACAUCAGGGCUAUAAGAACUGAACCGAUGGGCAUGGGGCCAUGACAUUUUGUAUGUAAACCUUAUGUAUAUGUCCUUUAGAAGCUGUGUGAAUAUGAAGUCACUGCAACCUUAGAUGGCUGCACCAGACCAGUUGGUGGCACUAUAGAUGUCAAUGGCACCAUAGGAUACUAAAGCAAUAACUAUUGAUCAAGUGGAUUUUGUCUCAUGCAAAUUAAUUUUAGAUUUAAAUAAUGCAGACAAACAAUGUGAAAUAUUGUGAUUAGUAUAUCAGUAUGAUCACAUUGGUGUGCUAUUAUGUGGUCUGAACGUAGUGAAAAGUGGAUAUUUUAUUCUGAAAAAUGUAAAACCUUAAGUCCUGCCGUUUGCGCAGUCCUGCCGUUUGCGCAGUCAGCGACUAAGUGCAAUCAGUGAAAGUAUUACCAUGUUUAUCUCUCAAUACCACAAUGACGCAAGUGAACUUUAGUCUAGUGCUGUAAGUUGGUUAUCUUUGAAUGCAGCAGGUAAUCAUUCUUAAAGUCAUUACUUAAUGUAUUGAGUUUAUAUACCAAUUCUGAGGUCAAUUUGACUGGUUUAUGUUAAGUUUUGUGAAAUAUUUUCAGCAUUAGUGUAUUGGUAUAUUGCGGUAAUCUUUGAAUUCUGGGACUUUAUUAUGUCAAUCUGUUUGUGUAAAUUAUUUUAAUCUCAGUUGGUACACUCCACAUUAGUGUUCCAAAAUACUUCAAUACACUCUCACAGCUGUAAUACUUGGUUUGUUAUCCAACUGGUCUUGUGUACUUUCUGUCAUCCUGUGAACUCCGUUCAUUGCUGCUCGCAGCUAUAUUUAGACUUUUUAUCAUUUCUAGCAAUUACAUAAACCGUCUACUCUACUUCCAGGUGAUGACAAGAACCAACAAGCCCAAGCCAUGCCUGUAGAGGACCCAGUAGAGAGCUUCAAUGAGCUGCAGAGGUCUGGACACCUUGAAGAGGCGAGGGGUGGAAUGGAGUUUCUGGUGAAAGCAGAGCAGGUGGAAGAACAUGUAGCCCAGGGAACCAUACAAGACCCAGGAAUCACAGACAGUGUAGACUUUAUAAUGGAUGAGAGAGAUAGUCAGCUGUGGUCCUCUGUUACACAAGGACUAAGUGGGAAUAAUUCUGGUCACCCAGAUGGGUCUUACACUACAGAGAGAUGCUUACAGAUGUUCUCCACUCAGGCAGAUCAAUAUCACAAUCCCAUCCCAUCCCCUCCUUCCUGCAACUCUUUGUCCACUGUAGGGAAACCGUUGCAUGACAUAGUCAGCACUGUCCCAGUGAAAGUGGAGCCUGAAAGGCAUCCUGUGUAUCAUGACGAUGCCAUGUCUGAGUCCAUACAAGCUGUGCAGGGGCAGUACAGAGAUACUCUGCAUCCUGUUGUGAGGGAGGGCUUGAUUUUACAGCCCAGGCUGCAGCAACCAGGACCUUCUUCACGAGGGCUCAUAAGAGCAACUGAGAGCACAUCUGAGUCACACUCACACAACCAAGAGCAUAUUCUUAAUAAGAACAGAUUGAAAACAAAGAGGAUGGUAAAUGUUUGGAGAGCUGUAUCAAACCAAAAACUGUUUAUCUGCUCAUUGUGUGGAAAGAGUUUCCACCGCCAUUGUCAACUUGAAGCUCACCAGCACUCUCAUGCUGGAGUCAAACCAUACAGAUGUCUUGAGUGUGGGAAAAGUUUUACUCAGAAAAAAAGACUCAAGUCACAUCAGAGUGUUCACACGGGUGAGAGACCUUUCAGUUGCAGACUCUGUGGCAAGAUGUUUACAAGGCAGGACAACUGCCAAAGACAUGAGCGAUUUCACAGUGGACAAAAGCCAUUUAGUUGUGUGCAGUGUGGUAAAAGUUUCACGGUUCUCAGUAAUCUCAAACUACAUCAAAAACAUCAAUGUAAAUUUGCCGAUGUCAGAAUGUAAGAUUGCAUGUUGUUCAGUGUUUUCCUCAGCAUUGUACAGUUAAUGAACUGUUCAUAUCGAUUGUUGAGCCGUUCAACUGUACUGAGAUUAGCAGGUUUAGGUUUCCAACAUGUCACUGGUUUCUACAUUAUGAAUUAAGUAUUUUCUUUGCCUCACCAAGAGAGCAACAGCUGCAUGAUAGCUUGAAUUUCUUGUGCAUAUUCUCCUGUAGUUACGGUUCAUUUUUAUGAUCAUAGCAGCAGUUCGAGUUAGUGCAUUUUGGGGUUAAAAAUAAAGUUGACAUUUGAUUGCAUUGUAAAACAUCUUUAACAUUUCUUCAAUUACUUUGCAGUUUAAGUGCAAUGCAACGAAAUGUGAAACUGUGCUUUUUGACAACUGUCAAUCAACCGCUGUUUUGUUGCCACACAGUUCGACUGUAAGCUAGGCUGCCUAUGUAACUUAAAUUGCUUGAUUAACAUUAUUGCUUGAGGAUUUUGUACCCGGAUGGGUUUUGACAUUUAAUAAUAGCCUAAUUGUUUCUUCCCGUUGUAGCUACUGUAGGUGUCCACUCCCAAGUGUGACUGUCAGAAGGAUGCUUCAAAAGCUUGUUUUGGCCUGGCAUCUGCGACCUGCUGCUCUAGGCCCGGUUUCCCAGAAGCAUCUAAAGGCUAAGUUCAUCGUUAGAACCUUCGUAAGAGCAUCAUUAAACCUCUGAGCUGUUUCCCAAAACCAUCGUUACCAAAGUUGCACUUAAACGCUCAUUAUUUACCGACUGCCUCAGACCACUGGUAGAACAGCUAAGUGCGUCGUUAGAUGCUUUUUUUGCCAUUCUGUGUCACUUUAAACACACGAUCUCUGCUAAACAUAGAAUCAAGAUGUUUGUCUCUGUGAUCGCAGAUAACUUCAGAACGAAGUUGACUACACAUACAAAGUUGCCAAUGUCUUUGCAAUAGUUACAAACAAGCGAAAUAUAAAGUUGCUUCAAAAGAAAACCGAUGACUGCAUUAAAAGAUAAAUACAGUAGGAUUGUAGGCUUUGGUUAGAUUCAUGGGACCACCCAUACUAAAAAUGUAUGCGCCAUUGGAGGCUGAUGGGAGGACGGCUCAUUGUAAUGACUGGAAUGGAAUUAAUGGAACGGUAUCAAACACAUCAAGCAUACAGUAUGGAAACGACAUGUUUAACUCCGUUCCAAUAAUGCCAUUACUAUGAGCCUGUACUAUAGCUUCUCCCACCAGCCUCCACUCGUAUGCACGCAUGACUGUAAAUCACUUUGGAUAAAAGCGUCUGCUAAAUGGCAUAUCAUUAUAUAUUAUUAUGUUGAAAUCAUGUUCACUCAAUUGAGUUAUAUUUAGCUAAUUGUAGGCUGUCUAAUUUCUGCCUCAAUAUAUUACAUUGUGUAAUAACAACAUGUGCGCAAUGAUGUGCCAAAUGUGAUUUAGUGCAUUGUUAUUGGGUAGGCUAAGCCACCUCAAUAUUUGCAGCCGUGGGUUAUAACAUAUCUUUAGGAGUUGACCCAUCAUUAGUAUUGUGAAAUAAUUCAGCCUGGAAUCAGUCAUACCAAUAUACUUUACGUCAGGGUUCUUCAAUUCCGGUCCUGUAGGGCCGAAACACCUCUGUUUUUCAUCCUCUCCUUCUAAUCGGGCUAAUUCAGACCUGGGACACCAGGUGAGUGCAAUUAACUACCAGGUAGAAAUAAAAAACAGAAGUGUUUCGGCCCUCCAGGACCGGAAUUGAAGAACCCUGCUUUACGUAUUUCUGAGCACCUCCAAAACGUAUGAUAGCUACGGCAGGAACGCCCCGAAUUGCUGGCCGUAAACACACCCUUCUCUGUUGGUCGGGGAGGAUGGGUGGUUGUAAUCCGCGACAGUCUAUCAAUCCAAAGGUUGCAUGUUAGUUUUAUUCUAAACUUAACCCAUUUCACCUAACCUGCUACGUAAGUUCACCUAACCUUUGUCUUUAUAGUUCCCCAAACUGCCAAAGUAGAUUCUCCCCAUAAUUCUUCUUUGUUGUUACAGCGCAACAAGCAAUCUGGUCUCAGAUAAAGACGUGCAAUACUAUACAUCCUUCAAUUCGUAUGCUAUUGUACGACCAGGUAAGACGUAUGAUACUAUACAUCCUCUAAUUCGUAUGACAUUGUACAACCGCUAUUCCAUUCAUAAUGUAACAUAUCAUACUAAAUGGCAUGUUACGGAUUACAUACUGAAUAAUACAAAUUGCCCUGAGACCAUGUUUAAUCAUUCUGAUGUCGAAGGGAAAUUUCACCACUGCUCUAUUUCACUAUACAUUUCCAUUAAUGUUAUUAACGUACAUCCAUACAGUGCAUUCGGAAAGUAUUCAGACCCCUUGAUUUUAUUUACAUAAGUAUUCAGACCCUUGGUUAUGAGACUCGAAAUUGAUCUCAGGUGCAUCCUGUUUCCAUUGAUCAUCCUUGAUGUUUCCACCUGUGGUAAAUUCAAUUGAUUGGACAUGAUUUGGAAAGGCACACGCCUGUCUAUAUAAGGUUCCACAGUUGACAGGGCAUGUCAGAGCAAAAACCAAGACAUGAGGUCGAAGGAAUUGUCCGUAGAGCUCCGAGACAGGAUUGUGUCGAGGCACAGAUCUGGGGAAUGGUAACAAAAAAUGUCUGCAGCAUUGAAGGUCCCCAAGAACACAGUGGCCUCCAUCAUUCUUAAAUGUAAGAAGUUUGGAACCACCAAGACUCUUCCUAGAGCUGGUCGCCCGGCCAAACUGAGCAAUUGGGGGAGAAGUGCCUUGGUCAGGGAGGUGACCAAGAACCUGAUGGCCACUCUGACAGAGCUCCAGAGUUCCUCUGUGGAGAACCUUCCAGAAGGACAACCAUCUGUGCAGCACUCCACCAAUCAGGCCUUUAUGUUAGUGGCCAGACAGAAGCCACUCCUCAGUAAAAGGCACAUGACAGCACGCUUGGAGUUUUACAAAAGGCACCUAAAGGACUCUCAGACCAUGAGAAACAAGAUUCUCUGGUCUGAUGAAACCAAGAUUGAACUCUUUGGCCUGAAUGCCAAGCAUCACGUCUGGAGGAAACCUGGCACCAUCCCUACGGUAAAGCAUGGGGGUGUCAGCAUGCUGUGGGGAUGUUUUUCAGCGGCAGGGACUGGGACACUAGUCAGGAUCGAGGGAAAGAUGAACGGCGCAAAGUACAGAAAGAUCCUUGAUGAAAACCUGCCCAGGACCGCAGACUGGGGUGAAGGUUCACCUUUCAACAGGACAACAACCCUAAGCACACAGCCAAGACAACGCAGGAGUGGCUUCGGGACAAGUCUCUGAAUGUCCUUGAAUGGCCCAGCCAGAGCCCGGAUUUGAAACCAAUUGAACAUCUCUGGAGAGACCGGAAAAUAGCUGUGCAGCUAUGCUCCCCAUCCAACCUGACAGAGCUUGAGAGGAUCUGCAGAAACGACAGGCUUGAAGUCUAAAUUGGAGAAAAAUGAGGUAUUAGUCAGGAGGGGAUGGUGUGGGUGACUGACUGGUGUCUGUUGGGGGCGGGUAUUGUGUGUGUGUGAAGGGUAUUAUGCAUGAUCUAUUGACGGGGGGGGGGGGGGUAUAGUAUGUUUGAGUGUGUAUUGAUGGGGGCAAAGUAGGACAAUGUUGGUUAAUCACUGACUACUGUGUGUCCUACAGACUAAUCCUGCUGCUGAUGACGAUGACACCAGCUUUAGUAGUACUGAGCCUGUAGACCCGCUGCUCAAGCUCAACAUCAUCUGA